AUGGACGUCACUAAACUAACCACGCUGUUGAAAGCUCUGGAUCAGAGACGGGAGGUGGCGGAGAAUGAAAGAGAUGAUAGAUACACAGUGCUGAUCGAGAGGGACUCUAAAGCGAAGGCGCAGAAGAUGACGGUGGAGGAUGAUCCGGAAGGUGAAAAGAAAUGCACCGCCGGAGCACCCCGUGCUUCUGGCAGCAUUACCACCGCCGGAGUGCCCCGUGCUGCUGGCAGCAUCACCACCGCCGGAACGCCCCGUGCUCCUGGCAGCAUCGCCACCGCCGGAGCGCCCCGUGCUCCUGGCAGCAUCACCACCGCCGGAGUGCCCCGUGCUGCUGGCAGCAUCACCACCGCUGGAGCGCCCCGUGCUCCUGGCAGCAUCGCCACCGCCGGAGCGCCCCGUGCUCCUGGCAGCAUCGCCACCGCCGGAGCGCCCCGUGCUGCUGGCAGCAUCACCACCGCCGGAGCGCCCCGUGCUGCUGGCAGCAUCACCACCGCCGGAGCGCCCCGUGCUCCUGGCAGCAUCGCCACCGCCGGAGCGCCCCGUGCUCCUGGCAGCAUCGCCACCGCCGGAGUGCCCCGUGCUCCUGGCAGCAUCACCACCGCCGGAGCGCCCCGUGCUGCUGGCAGCAUCACCACCGCCGGAGCGCCCCGUGCUGCUGGCAGCAUCGCCACCGCCGGAGCGCCCUGUGCUCCUGGCAGCAUUGCCACCGCCGGAGUGCCCCGUGCUGCUGGCAGCAUCACCACCGCCGGAGCGCCUCGUGCUGCUGGCAGCCGUGACGCUAUCCUGCCAUAA